GCCGGCGGCGGUGUGGGCGCGGGGGCGCCGUCGGGGGGCGGCGGCGUACCGGUGCUCUUCUGCUUCUCGGUGUUCGCGCGGCCCGCGUCGGUGCCCCACGGCGCCGGCUACGACGUGCUCAUCCAGAAGUUCCUGAGCCUCUAUGGCGACCAGCUCGACAUGCACCGCAAAUUCGUGGUGCAGCUCUUCGCCGAGGAGUGGGGUCAGUACGUGGACCUGCCCAAGGGCUUCGCGGUGAGCGAGCGCUGCAAGCUGCGCCUGGUGCCGCUGCAGAUCCAGCUUACGACCCUGGGAAACCUCACGCCUCCCAGCACUGUGUUUUUCUGCUGUGACAUGCAGGAAAGAUUCCGACCAGCCAUCAAGUACUUUGGAGACAUUAUCAGUGUGGGACAGAGACUGUUACAAGGAGCUCGGAUAUUAGGAAUUCCAGUUAUCAUAACAGAACAGUAUCCCAAAGGCCUUGGCAGCACGGUGCAAGAGAUCGACUUAACAGGUGUCAAACUGGUUCUUCCGAAGACCAAGUUUUCUAUGGUGUUACCGGAAGUGGAAGCGGCCUUAGCCGAGAUUCCUGGCGUCCGCAGUGUUGUACUAUUUGGAGUAGAAACACACGUGUGCAUCCAGCAAACCGCCCUGGAGCUGGUCGGCCGAGGCAUCGAGGUUCACAUCGUUGCCGAUGCCACCUCCUCAAGAAGCAUGAUGGACAGGAUGUUUGCUCUUGAGCGUCUUGCUCGAACUGGGAUCAUCGUGACCACCAGUGAGGCCGUUCUGCUACAGCUGGUGGCUGACAAAGAUCACCCGAAAUUCAAGGAAAUUCAGAACCUAAUUAAGGCGAGUGCCCCUGAGUCUGGUCUGCUCUCCAAAGUAUAAGAUACUUGAAGAUCGGGAUCCCCGACAGGAUGGCAAGCCAGACGAGCGCUUGUCUCUGCUAAAACUAAAAUGUUAAGUCAACAGCAAAUCCUCCUUUGCAGCUCUUAGUAACACUUAACUGGCUAGACCUUUGGGUACAAGCAUUUAGUUCUGAUGUCAAGGCUUCAGGUGCUGCUUAUCUUCUUUGUUUCUUAAUGGGCUUUUAUUUAUUAUUCAAAUUACAAUGGAGGUGCCUGUUUUGUCUACAUCAUAUACUCUGACCAUAUCUUUCCAAAGUGCUCCCUCUGGUGAAGUUUUCUUAAAUUGUGUCCUUUACAGAAAUAAAACACAUCUGUCAUAAUGGUCUGACUUUUCUAUAGUUGUGAAACAUCUCCUGUAAUGUCGGUGUAGAUGUGGUGUUUUCACUUCCCAGGCUGCCUGGCGACCGAUUCCUGAAUGAGAACUGACCAACAGGACAAUGGAUUGUCACCGACGUCUCUCACAGUGUAGAGUUGCUGACUGAGUGAGGUGCAUUGAUUUAACCAGAGCAAAUUAUCUUCACUGUUGGGUAUCCAUCUCGACUGUGCUGCUUUUCUUAUUCCUGUUGCCAUCUUUGUGGAUUUCCUUCCUCUGGCUAGCGAUCUAUGCUAAUGUUCUUCUUCCACUGGAUGUUUUUCUUGCUCGUUGAUUAUUUUAAUUUUGUGAACAGAUGGGAGUGAUUUGCAGGGCUGGAUAACUGACAGGGUUCCCCGGACAUAAUGCCUUUACAGUCUUUCUGAGUGCAUGUUUUGGUACACACGGGAGUUAGCGGAGAAGUAAACACUACGUAAAAUGUAGUUUUAAAAUGUCCAUGUUUCCCUUUGUGUUUUUCUCUCCCCGCCAUUAAAACAUUGUUACUGCUGACGUCAUCAAAGUGACUUGGUAGGGAUAAUACUACGGUCAUUGUUAGCCCAUCAGUAGGUUUAUUUUCACUUAAUACUUACUAGUGCUUAAAAACUUUUUAAAGUGUGUUGUGAUAUGUGGAUCAUUACUCUCUUUGUAUUAAAUUAGAGAAAAUAUAUUACAUGGUGAAAUUGUUUUGUUUCCCGUGACUCCAUGAAUACUAGUCAAGGAACUCUAGUGACUUUUCAGAGGUAGCAGAUUUAAUACUUAUAAUCAUACAACUAAUGGAAGCUUUCAAAGGAGGAGAAUCCUUUGCAGUCCCAGACUGAUGGAGUUGUUACAGGGCCUUCCUGUUGGAGCUGUAGGAAUGUGUUUUGUUCUUUGAGCCUUUUAAGACACCAGAGCCUAGUGUCCUUGGGUGUGCUCAGAUGUUUGCUUUAGAAUAAUGACUCUCAACCUCUGGGUCACCAUGCUUUGGGGAUCUAAUGAUCCUUAUAUAGGGUUCGUUUAUCAGAUAUUCUGUGCAUCAGGUAUUUACAUUACAAAUCAUGACUAGCAAAAUUACAGUUAUGAAGUAAUGAUGAAAUAAUUUUAUAGUUGGGGUCUUCACAACAUGAGGAACUGUACUAAAAGGUCUGUCGCAGCAUUAGGAAGAUUGAGAACCGCUGCUCUAGAAAAUGAGAAAGAAGCAUCAUAGAGUUAUCUACCUUUUAAAAUAAUUUCUAAUAAAUGUGACCUAGUGCUUUUCAUACUUUUAUUAUCUGGAGAGCUUGUUAAAAUACUGAUUUUAGCUUUUUUUCUUCAUUUAAAUUAAAAAAUAAAAUGGCGUUGCCACCAGUGAAGCAAGGUUUUAAUUUAGAAUGUUUUGCUUCCCUUGUAUCCACACCUCUCCCAUCUCAGUGAGAAUCCAUGGCAGCGAAGCCUCGUCACAGCUGAAGCCAGCUAUGUGACCCUGGAUUACUGUCCUUUGGAGACAAUGUCUGAGAACAACAGACUGUUUGCUUCUCAAUUCUAGAGAGGUGUGGGGCUCACUGUGCUGACGUCAAAGCUGGUCUGGCAAAGCCGUGAUCUUUCUUGGAGCCUGUAAAGGGGAUGAUCAAGAUUCAGCAGCUCCAUGCUUCUAGAAUCCACUCGGGUUUUUGUUUUUGAUUUUGGUUUUGUUUUAUUUGUAUGUUUUUACCAUUACUGCCAUCUUCUCAGGCAGUGAGUGUGGAUCUAAUCCCAGGUCCCUUCUGACUUCCUCCUCCUGCCUGGCCUAAGAUCUCCUGUGAUUCAAGGUCCCUGAUUAGCAACCUUUUUCCACCUGCAGCCUUAACACCCUUUGGCCACGUAGCACGGUUCCAGGCUCCAGGGAUAAAAACGCACACGGGUAUCUUCAAAGGCCAUUGUCAUCACACAAUGUGAAUUGAAUUAUUUCAACUGUAUCAGGGCCAGGAAUGUAACUACGCGGAGGCUCAGAACAAUUGUGAACUCUUGCCUUCUCCUGUUUUGUGAACCAUGCCAAAAAGGUGGCAAGGCUUUUACUUUAUGAUUAUAGGAAAACUGAACUGAUCGUAAUACAUUAAGCUUUGGAACAGAAGUGUCCGUAACUCUGUAGGAUGGUGAAAUCCUUUUUAUUGACAUAAAUAAAGAACAUAAGGAUGUAA